UUCAAUCAUUAUCUGAUAGCAUUAAUGUUGUUAGAUAAAACUCCAUACUUUUGACAAAAAAUGACAAUAUCAGAGAAUACAGUUGUAUCGUGACAAGUCCGACGAUCAUGUUGCUGCCUACGAAUUCUACAUUUAUUUUUCUCCUAAUUAUACAAAUAGUCUUUCAUUCCGAAAUUUCAGUUAAUUCGUACGAUAAUCCAUCGGAGAAUAAUGACGUUUCGACGAACAAGAUCGAGUGGAAUUGCAAAUCAGAUUUCGAAUGCACGGCCAAAGGCAGCGUUUGUAAAAAUGAACAAUGUCAGUGUACGUCUGGUUACGUUUAUAACAGUGAUAUGAGUUCUUGUUUACCAGUUGCUAAUAAUUAUGGCGACAAGUGCAACGAAACAAUACAAUGUUCGAGAUAUCUUUUCAUCGGUGGACAGUGCAUCGAAAACGCAUGCGUCUGUGGGCAAGGAUUUUAUUAUCUUCAUGGUAGAUGUUACAAGACAGUAGAACUUGGCAAGGAAUGUAGAAUUAACGAUGACUGCCACAUAAACUCUGAAUUUGGGUCUACCGUUUGCGAUAAUGGAAUUUGUAAAUGUCGUGACGGAUUCUAUCAAAGAGAAUACCGUUCCUGUCGCAAGAAAGCAAAUCUUGGUGAGGAAUGUGUUGUGGACAUUGAUUGUAAAUUUAAUGAAGGUGCUUACUGCAAUGAUAUAUGUACUAUUGAUCAAGAGGAAAUAAAUUAUAAUAUAAUAUCGCAAACUACCUACAAUUUAUUUGAUAGAAAAUUUGCUGAUGAAAAUGAUAUGACGACCGAAUUGAAUAAUUGUACAAAAAAUUCCGAUUGUGAGAUUUACGAGAAUGCAAUAUGUGGUAGUAGAGGAAAAUGCGUCUGUAAACGUGCAUACUAUGUAUCUUCUUCGAAUGAUAAAAUCAAAGUAUGCGUUCCAGAACUCGGUCAACCAUGCGAGAAUAAAAAUUCAACCAACCCAAAUAUAAUUUGUAAAAAUGAUACAUGGAAUUGCGCUAAUAAAAAGCUCCCAUCAAAGAAUAAUCAGGAAUGUCUGAAAGCUACGAGAAAAUAUAAUAAUUCUUGCCAACGUGACGAACAAUGUUCCAUUUUUGGUCCUGAUGCGAUUUGCAAGAACAAUAGAUGUCUAUGUAAUGAUGAAAGAUCUCAUUUCGUCGAAAAGUUACAAUUUUGUUGGAGAAAUAAAGGAAUAAAUGAUACAUGUUAUGUGGACGAAGAUUGUUAUGUUAAAGAAUUUAACGGCACUCUCGUUUGUACGAAUAAUAGUUGUAAUUGCCCUGAAGGCACACAUUUGAACUCCGACAAAACGACCUGUUUAAAUAUUAACGCGGGUAAAUUUAAAAUGUCUGUCGAUCGAUGUACAAAAGUAAUACUGUUCAUACAUUUACCUACCAAUCAUUUAACUUUUCUAUUUGUGUUUUCUAUUUUAGAAUUGGGAAUGGUUUGCGAAUACGACGAACAUUGUAAAACCUCGAAUUCUGUAUGUGUCAAUAACAUAUGCGUUUGCAAUAACACUUAUUACGAGUUUGAAAAACAGUGCUAUGCGGGUGUUAACGCAACGUGCACUUUGGAUUAUCACUGUACACCAACUCAUACUUUUUGUUCAUUCGGAGUAUGUACUUGCAAAGAAGGUUACAUCGGCUCAUCGACGUCUACCUGUUUGCCAACUGCACAAUACGGAGAAGAAUGUUCGGAGGAUAUACAAUGUAACGUUAUAACACCGAAUUCGAUUUGUUCCUGGAAUCCGAAUUAUUCAAACUCAUCGAUUAAAACUUGCAUCUGUGGCGAUGAUCGUUACUUUAGACAUUCCAGUUGUCCGAAAAAAAAACUUCUCGGCGAAUCCUGCACGUCGUACAUCGAGUGCUACUUAGAUUCCAAUCAGAACCGAGCUAUUUGCAUGAACGGUUUGUGUAGCUGUAACUGGCAAUACGUGCAGGUCAAUGACACCAUAUGUCUCAAGAACAAUGUGGAAAAACUAAUGGCAGUGACGGACGGUGCCAUCGAAACGUUCUCAAGGUCGUGCUUAGCAAUCCUGUCAAUCAGUCUGAUACUACUCCUCGACCUAAUUCGAUGAGCAUGAUCGUUCCUCGAGGAGCCUUCAAUUAUUCAAACAUGAAGUGCGAGAGCGUGUUAACGUUGAUCGACGAGGGGCCAAUGAAUUAGCCGAUAGAAUCGAUAUAAUCAUAGUGAUUGAUCUAAACUUAGUUAGCUGAUAGGGUUUAAUGCAACAACAACAAAAAGUAUUAUAUUACAGAU